AUGGGUUGGUUCGACAGUAAAACCAGCGCAGCUUCGUCGACAGGGUACGCGCGACGCCGGUCAUCACCAACGCCCAGCACGCGCAGCAGACGCAGCAAAUCCGCCUACUCCUCGACACAACAUGCGCGCUCGGCGCCGUCCUUCUUCGGGCUAGGCGGCAGCCGAACAGGCGGCCGAUCGAGUCCAUCCGUGCUCUCGUCGUUCUCGUCCUCGUCGCGCCGGGCCCGGCCCCGCGAGGGAUUCGUGCAGCGCAUGAUCCGCGACAUCAAGCGUCUGUUUCGCGAUAUCUAUCGCUGGGCCCGUCGCAACCCCAUGAAGGUCUUUCUGAUGAUUAUCGUGCCGCUUUUGACGAGUGGGGUUCUGCCAAAACUGCUUGCGAUGAUUGGCAUUCGCUUGCCGCAUGCUGUGAUGAGUGCCCUUGGUGGCGCGCCGAGGCCUCGUGAGGGUAUGGGUGGUGGUGAGAGGGGUAUGUCGGAGCAUAUUAGCAGUCUUGUGAGCAUUGCCAAGAUGUUUGCGUAG